AUGAGCUCCCUCAAAUUUGUAGUGUCCUCGCUCGAGGCCAUUGCCUCGUCCAAGGAUGCUCAGCGCAACAAACAGUUGGCCGAGUCCACCACCAAGGCACUUGAUGCCAUUAAAGAGCAGGACCAGCUACCUGACCCCGAGAUCGUUUUCGCUCCUCUACAAUUAGCUUCACGUUCUACGAAUGUCCAGCUUACCACCACCGCUCUCGAUUGCAUUGGAAAGCUCAUCUCUUACUCCUACUUCUCCGUGCCGAGCAACCCUCCCGAGUCAACCGAAGAGGGCACCGAACCCGUCCCACCCCUGAUCGAGCGAGCCAUCGAUACUAUCUGCAACUGCUUCCAAGGCGAGACGACCGCCGUUGAGAUACAGCUCCAGAUCGUCAAAUCUUUGCUUGCAGCCGUCCUCAAUGACAAAAUCGUUGUCCAUGGCGCUGGUCUUCUCAAGGCCGUGCGACAAGUAUACAAUGUCUUUUUACUGUCGCGGAGUACCGCCAACCAGCAGGUCGCUCAAGGCACCCUCACCCAGAUGGUCGGUACCGUUUUUGAACGAGUCAAGACAAGAUUACAUAUGAAGGAGGCUCGUCUUAAUCUAGAGCACCUCAAACAUGGCUCCAGUAAUGUCACAUUUGAUCAGGCUCAAACGCCUAACGGCAUGAAUGAUGAUGCCGACCGCGACGAGUCACCUGCCGAGACACCUGAAGCUGCCAAUUCCUCGACCGAAGUUCCCGAGAGCGGUGUUAAACUUACAUUGAAAGAUCUGGAGCAUCGCAAGAGCUUUGACGACUCCAACUUGGGUGAUGGACCGACCAUGGUAACGCGGCUCAAGCCUGAGCGUAAGGAGACGGACACCUCGGUUUCUGGACAGGCGGGCCAUGAUUCUUCGCCCGCAGAAGACGGGGAGGUGCUGGAUGCUGAGGACGAGGUUUAUAUCCGUGAUGCUUACCUUGUCUUCCGCUCUUUCUGUAACCUGUCAACCAAGGUUCUACCACCUGACCAGCUAUACGAUGUCCGCGGUCAACCAAUGCGCUCCAAGCUCAUUUCUCUUCAUCUUAUUCAUACGCUUCUCAACAACAACAUUGCGGUUUUCGCUUCUCCCUUCUGUACUAUCAAGAAUUCAAAAAGCGGCGAGCCUACAAGCUUUUUGCAGGCCAUCAAGUUCUAUCUUUGUCUAAGUAUCACCCGCAAUGGCGCCAGCUCAGUCGACCGAAUAUUUAAUGUCAGCUGCGAGAUCUUUUGGUUGAUGAUUAAAUACAUGCGCGCUGAUUUCAAGAAAGAAAUCGAGGUCUUCUUGAACGAAAUCUACUUGGCACUUCUUGCUCGAAGAACGGCACCCCUGUCUCAAAAGCUUCAAUUUGUUACAAUACUCAACCGACUAUGCGCCGACCCCAAAGCGCUGGUUGAGAUCUACCUUAAUUACGAUUGCGAUCAGACAGUUGAUAAUAUUUACCAAACAAUCAUCGAGGAUCUAUCGAAAUUUUCGACGACUCCGCUCACUAUUACCACGAUCAAUGAGCAAGUGUACGAAGAAAUGCGGCUGAAGACAACGCCUGCCAGCGAGUGGCAGCUUAAGGCAACUCUACCACCUCCUUUGACAGUUGCUCACAUUGCGCCUCAUCAGGAUUCUGAACCGGACUAUCCUAAAGAGUAUGCCAUCAAGCGACUGUCUAUCGAAGCUCUGGUCGAGACGUUGCGAUCUAUGGUGAAUUGGUCAGCGCCAAUUCGAGGUGAUGCUGAGCCCCCACGCUCUGACAACCACGAUGCAAAAGCUUCCCUCGAUAUUCGACCAUCGAUUGACCCUAGCAUAAACGACAGCGUGUCCCGGGUCGAGACCCCUCUGCCACCAUCAACCCCUAUCUUGGAAGAUGACCCGGAUCAGCUCGAGAAUCUCAAGGCAAAGAAAACAGCUUUGAUGAAGGGAAUUAGCCAGUUCAACUUCAAGCCGAAGAAGGGCAUUCAGAUGCUUCUGCGUGAUGGCUUCAUUCCAAGCGACAGCCCCAAGGAUAUCGCCGAUUUCCUGAUAAAAGAGGAUAAGCUCGACAAGGCCCAAAUCGGCGAGUAUCUGGGUGAAGGUGAACAGAAGAACAUCGAUAUCAUGCACGCAUUUGUGGACACCAUGGAAUUUGCGAAGAGGAGAUUCGUUGAUUCUUUGCGUCAAUUCCUUCAAUCUUUCCGCCUGCCCGGUGAGGCUCAAAAGAUCGAUCGUUUCAUGCUCAAGUUUGCGGAGCGAUAUGUUCUCGGAAACCCGAAUGCCUUUGCUAACGCAGAUACUGCAUAUGUUUUGGCCUAUUCAGUUAUUCUGCUAAACACUGAUUUGCAUAGUAUCAAGAUCGCCAAGCACAUGAGCAAGGAAGAAUUCAUCAAGAACAACCGCGGUAUUAACGAUGAUGCCGAUUUGCCUGACGAAUAUCUUCUGACCAUCUAUGAUGAAAUCGCCGCCAACGAGAUCGUUCUGAAGAGUGAACGUGAUGCAGCGGCAGCGGCAGGCAACGUGCCUGCUCAAUCAACCGGUAUUGCUGCUGGUCUUGGCCAGGCCUUGUCUAAUGUUGGACGAGAUUUGCAGCGUGAGGCCUACAUGCAACAGUCUGAGGAGAUUGCUCUGCGAUCUGAGCAGUUGUUCAAGGAUCUCUUCAAGAGCCAACGUCGCAAAGCUGGAACCAAGUACAUUCUUGCAACAUCUUUCAAGCACGUUAGCCCUAUGUUUAGCGUCACUUGGAUGUCAAUCUUUUCUACUCUUUCAAGCCAAAUCCAGAAGUCUCACAACCUGGAAGUCAACAAGCUUUGCCUCGAGGGUAUGAAACUGGCUACUCAAAUUGCUUGUCUCUUUGAUAUGUCUACUCCUAGAGAAGCAUUCAUGUCAGCUUUGAAGAACACGACCAACUUGAACAACCCACAAGAGAUGAUGGCCAAGAACAUCGAGGCACUUAAAGUCGUUCUCGAACUUGGACAAACGGAAGGCAAUGUCCUUCGCGAGUCAUGGAAGGACAUCUUGAUGUGUAUCAGCCAACUCGAUCGACUCCAACUCAUCUCUGGUGGUGUUGACGAAAGUGCCGUGCCCGAUGUGUCUAAAGCCCGCUUCCUUCCGCCACAAAGGACCGAAACUUCAGAUUCCCGCUCGUCCACUCAAUCAAAGAAGCCGGCACGAGGCAGAUCCGGAACAUCGUCUAAGGGGUUCUCUACUGAAAUUGCUCUUGAGAGUCGAUCAGAUGACGUGGUUCGCAGCGUCGACCGUAUUUUCACCAACACAGCAAACCUGACUGGUGAAUCUAUGGUUUACUUCGCCAAGGCCUUGACAGAAGUCAGCUGGGACGAGAUCAAGGUGUCGGGCUCCAACGACUCGCCUCGUACUUACAGCUUACAGAAGAUUGUCGAGAUCAGCUACUACAACAUGGACCGUGUCAGGUUCGAGUGGAGUAACGUCUGGGAGGUUUUUGGCGAGCACUUCAACCGAGUUGGAUGCCACAAUAACAUGAACAUUGUGUUCUUUGCGCUCGAUUCCCUGCGUCAACUAUCGAUGCGAUUCAUGGAAAUCGAAGAGUUGGCUGGUUUCAAGUUCCAGAAGGAUUUCCUCAAGCCUUUCGAGCAUGUGCUUGCAAACUCACAUAACGUUACGGUCAAGGACAUGGUCCUCAGGUGUCUGAUACAAAUGAUCCAAGCCAGAGGAGAUAAUAUCCGAUCUGGCUGGAGAACUAUGUUUGGUGUCUUCACAGUCGCUGCCCGCGAGCCUCACGAGAGCAUUGUCAACCUGGCCUAUGAAAAUGUCAACCAGGUGUACAGGACCAAGUUUGGAGUCGUCAUUUCCCAGGGCGCAUUUACUGAUCUGAUCGUAUGCUUGACAGAGUUCUCCAAGAACCUUAAGUUCCAGAAGAAGAGUCUGGCAGCUUUGGAGCUAUUGAAGUCCUUGAUUCCUACUAUGCUCAAAACACCCGAAUGCCCUCUAUCGCAGAAGUACAACAACAUCCCACCUCCUGAUGGAGCUACUCAAACUUCCGAGAAACGAACACGGUCAAAUACCUCGGUUGAGGAGGGCUACUGGUUCCCUGUUCUCUUUGCCUUCCACGAUGUUCUCAUGACUGGCGAAGACUUGGAAGUGCGAUCGAAUGCUCUCGAGUAUUUCUUCGACACACUGCUCAGGUAUGGUGGCAGCUUUCCAUCAGAAUUCUGGGACAUCCUGUGGCGCCAGCAGCUCUACCCCAUCUUUAUGGUUUUGAGGUCUCGUCCAGAGAUGUCCAAUGUUCUUAACCAUGAAGAGUUGUCAGUUUGGCUUUCGACCACUAUGAUCCAGGCGCUACGGAAUAUGAUCACUUUAUUCACACAUUACUUCGAUGCGUUGGAGUACAUGUUGGACAGAUUCCUGGAGCUUCUCGCGCUCUGUAUCUGCCAGGAGAAUGAUACCAUCUCGCGAAUCGGUAGCAACUGCUUGCAACAGUUGAUUCUCAAGAAUGUCACCAAAUUCAAGCCAGAACAUUGGAACAAACUUGUUGGUGCUUUCUGCGAAUUGUUUGAACGAACUACCGCAUACCAGCUCUUCACAGCUACUGCUAUCAACAACACUGCAUCGAUAUCACCUCCACCCAAUGGCCUCGAGUUUUCGUCAACUACAGCUGGGGCAGAACCUGUUGAUGAGACUUCUCUUAAGAUCAACGGCCGAGAAGACGAUGAUGAUGAGUCUAUCGCACCCUCAGCUGAAGACGAACUGCAGACGCCUACCACUGACCACCCUCACGUUCCGCUCGAGGAGUUCAAGCCGUCUUCAAAUCUUCAGCAGCAGCCCGUAGUGGUGACAGCUGCUCGACGACGUUUCUUUAACCGAAUCAUCUCUCGCUGCGUCUUGCAGCUGCUGAUGAUCGAGACGGUUAACGAGCUGUUCAGCAACGACACUGUCUAUGCACACAUUCCUUCACCAGAGCUUCUGCGACUCAUGGGAUUACUCAAACGGUCUUUCCAGUUCGCCCGUCGCUUUAACGAGGAUAAGGAAUUGCGAAUGAGACUUUGGCGCGAGGGUUUCAUGAAGCAACCACCUAACCUCCUGAAGCAGGAGAGUGGAUCGGCUGCGACUUAUAUCUCCAUUCUUUUCCGCAUGUUUGCUGACAAUGCGCCGGAGAGAUUGGAAAGCCGACCCGCCGUGGAGGAUGCGCUGGUGCCGCUUUGCAAGGACAUUGUCCACGGCUACACUACCUUGGAGGAGGAGAGCCAGCAUCGAAACAUCGUUGCAUGGCGGCCCGUGGUCGUUGACGUUCUCGAAGGGUUCGCCACGUUUCCUGAGGAUGCCUUCAAACAGCACAUCCCUGACUUUUACCCUCUUGCCGUUGAGCUCCUUACAAAGGAUCUCACAGCAGAGCUGCGAGGUUCACUCCUGGUGGUGCUGCGACGAGUUGGAGAGGUUGGACUGGGUAUCGAAGGUAUGACAUUGGCAGGUCAACGGCGAGAUAGUGAGGCCAGCCGAGCGACAACAGAGCCAAUGGGCGACCGAGAGGCAGACGCGAGGAGAAUGCUUUAG